AUGCAAAGCUCACAAGAGAUCGUAGCUGAUGCUGCCUCAAUGAACGAAAACAACGCCAGCACAUCUACACUUGACGUUGCCUCGGUGGCCUGUCGAAACCUCGUUGUCGGAUCCAAUACAGGCCAAGCCAAGAACACCGCCAGCCCCUCAGAGAAGACCGAUGAUGACGCAGAGAGCAAGAUCACCAGCCCAGGUGCUAAAGUCCUGCAAACCACAGGCGACACCAACUCUAGCGGAACCAUUCUCAUCCUAAAAGUACUUGAAGUUGCCCAGACUGCUGGGUUUUCACCUGUUGCGAUCCCUGGGAACCUGCUGGCCCGCCUUCUCACUUCAAUGAACAACUUACAAACCCAAGUUUCUACACUCAAGGGCGAUGUGCUCCGGCUUGGAGCAGAGAGUUCGGCGUCGAAGACAACACUGGCUCACACAAGGAUGGAGCUCAAGGCCCUUAAGGAUGAAUUGUGUAUCACUAAACUCUUCACCUUUCCAUUGUUCCCCAAGUUGCCUCUGGAGCUUCGUUUAAUGAUUCUGUGGGUCCGUGGUGCCUGUAAGGAAGCCAGAGCGGAAGCGCUCAAAUGUCAGGAGACUCUGUUCAACAUCGGGGGUCGCUUAUAUUUUGAGAAUCCGUGUGUUUUCAUCAACCCAGGGGUUGACACAGUGUGGCUACAUGGCUUGGAUGGCGGCGAUGAUCCAUCCAAUCCACAGGAAGACUUUCGCAGCAGUAUUGACGAUCUCUCACUUUACCUCCAGGAUGCAAAGAAUGAAGAUCGUCCAGAACUCUCCAAUGUUAUCUUGUCUUUCGAACAUUGGGAUGCACUUCUGAACAAUUGUUUCUUUGGUUACUUUGGAAAUGUCCUUUACCUGGGUAGGCAGCUUUCCAAUCUAGGGUUCAAGCAUAUUUCGAUCGUGGUCGGACCGACCAGUUCCCUUCGGUCACUCAAUGUUCAACUCAUCGAUCCCCAAUGGAACCCGUCGGUACUUUUACCUUACGAGUCAAGAACCUACCAAUGCACUACGAGACAUACCAAGGAUGUUUCAUGGGAAGACAUUUCCAAUUCGUUCUUGAAAACCAUGUCUGACCUUCAGGAAUGUCAUGCAGCCAGACGGAAGCGGAUGAAAGAAAAUGGUGAUGAUCCAGAUCACCCUGAUAUAACUCAUCCGAAGUUUUGGGAUAUUUCAGGCUGGACAGUCAAGUCAAUACGCUUUGUCGAGGCUGUGACGAGCAUCCAGGAUGCGGGUACAAAAGAAAUGUAG